GCUUCUCGCUGUACCCUGCUACCGAAAUCCUGGUUGAACAGCAGGGGGUGCGAAAGUACAGCAGAACUUUCUCUGGUUGUGCCUGUUACCUCAAUAUCCAAAACUGGAAGACUUAAAUUAAACUUUAAGUUCAGUAGUCAGUUAUGUACCUCUUUAAAUUUAAUCCUUUUGUUCACGCAUGUGCAAUGUCCUCUAUAAUUGUAGGUCGCAUAAAUUUCCCUCAGUGGAUGGGGUUGAAGUGGUGUAAGGUGCUCUGAGUCACUCACAGGCUGAUACAAAGUACUAGAGAGAGCUUAUCAGUAUUUUGUUGACCUGGCUGGACUGUGCUCAGAAGCAAUUGCAUCCAACUUUUACACACGCUAUUUAAUUUUAUUUGGGUUUUGGUACUGUAAUUUUUGUCACACCUCUGCAGUCUUGGCUUAAGACAUUCUUAUGUUGUGGGUAAACUAGUAUAAGAGUACUGAUACAACUGCUACAGAAUUUUUUUAAAAUGUCCCAAAGUAUUGAAACACUUAGUGUAACUUGCACAUCUACACCUGUUUUCAUUCAAGUGACUGUGCCAGUAAUCAGUUCAAAGGCUGGGAAUUGGUGCAGAGAGUGUGGGAUGCAGGUGCAAAGUGACAUCAGCACAGGCUGCACAUCGUAAAGGAAGAGGCUGUUUCUUAGGCGUGCUAGGGAGACGCUGGUAUAAUGAGCACUGAUCAUGUACAGAGUAUUAAACAAUGUACUGGUACCGUACGUCGGCAAAUAUAAGAACCAUCUAAAACUCAACUUGUAGUUUUAGAAAGCAGGCAUUCUUUAUUGCGGCACCGGGCGCACAGGGGAUCGCUCCACCUAGUGUGUGCCCCGAGUUGCUCUACUACAGGGGUUAUAUGCAGUCAAAAGAUACAUAUUCAUUAAAUUUCUAGUAAAUAAUUACUAUAUUCAUGCUAUUCUUGGAACUCAUUAAUAUAUGCAAAUGUCCGUAACGCCUGUGCGUUCAUGUUCAUUGGUGGUCUUCCAGGGUCCUCUGGUGGUCGUCAGUAGCCUUCCUCAGCAUGUCCGCUGGUUGAACUCAGUCUCUGGACAUACUUGGUUCAUUUUUGGCUUGAUUACACAAUUCUUACUGAUACUAAACUAGCUUAUUCUAGCACAUCUCCCUUGUUUACUCUGUUCAAGGAUACAGUGCCUCCAGACUCCCUUCUGUCUAAUCACAUAUAGCAAGUUCUAAGACUGUCUUAUUUGUGAAGUAUUCUAAGUAUUUCAAAACUAGAUAUGUUGCUCCAAUUAGAGGAGGCCAUAUGUUCUUCUGAAGCCGGAAUCAGCACUGCUCAUGAAGGUUGUACUGUACUCAUUGCAGAAGCAUUUGCCAAUGAUAAUGCUCCAGAACAUGCACUGCGACCUGGCUUUCUGUCCACGUUUGCCCUUGCCACGGAUCAGGGCAGUAAACUAGGACUUUCUAAAAACAAAAGUAUUAUCUGCUAUUACAAUACGUACCAGGUGGUGCAGUUCAAUCGCUUACCUUUGGUAGUAAGCUUCAUUGCUAGCAGCAAUGCCAAUACUGGGCUGAUAGUAAGUUUAGAGAAGGAGCUCACGCCCCUGUUUGAAGAACUGAGGCAGGUUGUUGAAGUUUCUUAACCCGAUGGUAUAGCCGGAGUGCAGCAUCCCUCUGCAGCCCAGUGGACAGAUUCAAUAAUCCUCAGUCAAAUAACACAUCUCAGAAGAAAUACCACAGCUCCUUAGUACACUAAGUAAGAGUAAAUUGUACAUAGUACUGAAUCUGAAAUGAUCUACUAGUGUGUUGUAGAUGGAUGUUACUUUAGGCCACGCUUCUUGUCUUGUGCAGUACUGGAGAGACCACCAAAAUAGCUCCCAUGGAGUUUAGCUCAGCCAGCCAAGCCAGAUGGACACGAUGUAGUUGGCUCAGACGAGUGACCCACAGACCGCUUGCUUUACAGGGAACUGGGCACGUGGUGGGGUGUAUCCUCUGGCCAGCUACCACAUGUGUUGGAAAGCAGAUUGGUUGUAUAGUGUUAUCAAAGAUGUGGUUGAAAGAGUAUCAUGAGAGCAAGUUUACGAGCAGUGACGUGUCAGUACAAUCAAUAAAUAUCCCAGCUUUCUUAUGUGGGUGAUACUUUUGGCAAGGGAAUGCUACUAAUCUGGAUGCUAGCUGCAUCCUGCUUCCACUAAGAAGAAAGCUGUUUCUAUGAAAGCUGUUGCUUUAGGGGUUUUCCUGAUGCCCAGAUAAAAGCACCUGAACAAUGUCUCACUUCUUCAUGGGGUUUUUGUGUAAUAUGGUUGUGAAGAUCUCAUGUCUCAUAGUCUUUGUGUGGGUUCAUCACUGGUGACACUCUCAGCUCAUUUACUCUUAGGUUUUCCUAAGUAAAUAAAUAUAAAUAAAAUACAGUAUUUUUAAAUGACA